ACCACACCUUCACCUGAGGACAGCUGGGAUUGGUUCAAUCCGUGUGUGGAAAAUCCAGGCGUGGACAUUGUUUACUGAAAUUUCCAAGCUUAAGCAACCAACCUUCUGUUGUUGUUUUCUGCUGUUGAUAUGAAGACAUCCCAGCAACGCAUUUCAGCUUUGGAGUGGUAGUUUCAUGUGACUUUGUGGGAAAAAUUUUGUUUUCUGGGCACAACUUUCUAUGUUUAACUCAUGUCUUUGUGGUUUUUCAAAAGACAAAACUGCCUUUUGGCAAUGAAAUUCAACAUGUCAAAGUUGUUUAAACCAGUUCCAGCUAUAAGGUUGAACUUUUGAAUCCUUAAACGUGACUUUUAAGAUGAGAUUUAAUACACUUUAUUUAAAAAAAAAAAGCUGGCACAGAAAGUUUCUUAUAUUAAUCCUCAUUUUGAACCAAAAACCUGAGGAAACCUGAUCCACAUCGGCUGUUUUAAACCACAACGUGCCACCAUAAUGAAGACGAUCAAGAGGUUGGCUGUCAUUUUUCUGCCCUGGUUACCUUUGCUCUCACCGGGGGUAUAAUUACACUCAAGCAAAACCUCAAAGACGAUUCAUGGGGGAUUCGACCGAGAGAGGAGGAAGAGGAGAAUCAGGUGUGGCAGCAGCAGAGCGGCGGGACAACAGCAACAUGAGAAGAUCAGAGCGUGUGUGGGUGAGCGGAGCGGAUCAGAGCUGAUCUAAGAGGUGUACAGAAGGUUUUGCUUCAGACUUGUCCAGAUUUGCUCCCUGUCAGCAUUGUUGUAGUUAAACCAUGACGGGGGAGGCUGUUCCAGGACCUCAGCAGGGGAACUUUGAGGAAUCCGUGGAUGUGGAAUGCCCCAUCUGCUACCAGGAAUACAACCAAUACAACAAAUGCCCUCAGAUGCUGGAGUGCCUCCACGUUUUUUGUGCAGAGUGCCUCCAACGGAUCCAAAUCAGACCGAGCGAUCCCUCUGAUGCUAACAGCCCCAAAUCGAUUGCCUGCCCUCUGUGUCGCCAUUUGACCUCACUGGGCGCCGGGGAGGCCCUCUCUUUGCCCUGCAACUCCCGCAUCCUCUCCCGACUGCCCCCGGCUGCCUCUCACUUGUCUGCCAGGAAGGCCAACCGUCUAUCCGGUGCCCCCCAGGGAAUGGUGUUCUCCCUGGAGGGCGACAGCAGGGAUUCUGGUUUCAUCAUCGUACCCACCGUCAGCCUGCGGGUGCAGCAGAUGCACCCAAACAGGCCGUGCGGGGCGGCCCCGGGUCUGGUGGAUGAGGAGGGGGUCAUCCAGCAGAGCAAGAGGACGCUGGGUUGUGUGCAGGUCCUGGCGGUCGUCUUCUGGGUGCUGUUUGUGAUCACCUGCGUGUUUGGCGUUGUGCAGAGGAGGUUCUAAGAGUAAACUACAUUUUUUUGUC